UUGACAGAUGAUAAAGUGGCCGCCGUCCCAAGGAUCCGUCCGUGUUAAAGCCACUCCUAUCAUAGCUAAAUCCAAAUUCCGCCUUUGCUAAUAAGAGUCUUACAAGCAAUGCAGAUUUUGUGUUUGAAAUACGUGACAGUGAUAUGGCUUAAUUGUUAAUAGACAAUCAGUUAUCAAUCAAAAUGAGUGGGCGAUCGAGCCGUGGUGUGUUUGGGAAACUCUUCUCAAAAAAGACUCCCAGAGAGAGAGAAGAGCGAGUGACUGACAUCGGUAUGCCUACAGACGUUAAACAACAUAUUCAUGUUAGUAAGAACUCAGAAACUGGUAUGUUGGAAGGAUUACCAACGUCUUGGUUGCGAUUGUUAAACACACAGAUUACACCAGCCGAACAAAAUGAGAACCCAGAUGCGGCCAUCCAGGCUGUCAAGUUCCAUAUGUACACAAUCAAAAAGGAGAAAGCACCUGAUGAGCCGUUCAAGCCAUUCCUCACUGACGAGGCAAUCACUGAAGAAAAUAAAGAAAUAGAGGAGUUGCUAGUUCAUAAGAAUCAGAAAAACCAGAGUCAGGAUUCAGACCUGUCAAUAGGACAAAGUAGCGAGGAGGAGGUUGGCAUCAAUGACAUAUACUCGCAGAGACAAACCAUGCCCGCUGCACCCAUCAAAACCGGCAUGAAGAAAAAGGAUGCAAUGAUGGACUUGACAGCUGUGGUGGAAGAUUUAAGUCUGAUUGGUAAUGACCCAGAGGAAAGUCCCAUACUGCGAAAGAAGGAGCUGAGAUAUGCUACACUGACUGAUGAAGAAAUAUAUGAAGAACUGCGUAAGAUAUGCAACAAGGACGAUCCUUAUGUACGGUUUGAAAGGAUAAAGCAGCUUGGGGCUGGUGCAUCAGGUGUGGUGUUCGUCGCGAUAGACAGUAAGGACAACUCCAAAGUUGCCAUCAAGGACAUCGACCUCACCAAGCAAAGCAAGAAGGAACUAAUACUCAAUGAAAUAAACGUGUUGAAGGGAUUCAACCACAAGAAUCUGGUCAAUUUUCUGGACGCGUUCCUCAGUUACGAUCACCUGUGGGUCGCUAUGGAACUGCUCGACGGAGGCUCCCUCAACUACGUCGUCACUGAAGUCGUCAUGAAGGAAGGCCAGAUAGCUGCCGUGUGUCGUGAAACCCUUCAGGCCAUUGCCUUCCUGCACUCCAAAGGCACAAUACACAGGGAUAUUAAGUCUGACAAUGUCCUGCUCGGUAUGGACGGCACUGUCAAAGUUACAGACUUUGGAUUCUGCGCCAACAUAGUAGGCGAUGAGAAACGACAAACUAUGGUCGGCACGCCUUACUGGAUGGCACCUGAAGUCGUCACCAGGAAGCAAUAUGGUAAAAAGGUUGAUGUGUGGUCGUUAGGUAUUAUGGGGAUCGAAAUGAUUGAAGGCGAGCCACCUUACAUGAAAGAGUCUCCGUUGCGUGCUUUAUAUCUUAUCGCUGCAGUAGGGCGGCCUAAAAUCCCUAGGUGGGAAAAGUUAACACCACACUUCCAGGACUUCCUAGAUAAAUGUUUACAAGUGGAUGUAGAUUUACGAGCCGCGGCGGACGAACUCCUAAGGCAUCCGUUCCUUGAUUGUGCCAUGGAACUGAGGACACUGACGCCCCUCAUCAAGGCCGCUCACAACGUCCACCGCAAGAACCACGACUGAGACUGGUAACUGUUUCAUUCCUUCUUCAUUUUUACGUGUAUUUCACUUUUAUAGCCUUUUACAAUUUGUAUGCUCUUUAUGAAUGUAAUGAAAUGACUGUAAUGAAGUGCCAAGUUUUGCAUAGUAUUUACAAGGUUACGACUAAUGGACAAUAUACGCCAGUAGGUACGCGGCAUUUCAACAAUGUUUAAUUAAAAAAGGAUUUGCGGAGGACGGAAGCAUUCUGUAUUAGCAUAGUUUAUUCCUAGAUAGAGCUACACAUUUUUCGUUGUACGCAUUUAGAAUAAAAUCGCAAGAUAUUAAUUUCGACAGCACUAAGCGCGUAUAGCUUUUGUCUUAUCUUUAGACUCGUAUAGAUACCGUAUCUCCAACUGAUAUAGAUAUUCACACAUCACACUAAAGUGUUCCCCUAAUGAAAUGUUCGAGGGUUACGUAUGAAAUCUUUAAUUUUUGUACAAGAAAAUGCCAUAAUUAUCCAAUAUGAAUUGAUUUUACAAGUUUUAGGCUAAUCGGCUUAGGAUUUAGUUACUUAAUAAGAAUGUAGUCUGUCCAAAUUAAGUAUUUUUCUAUUGUAAGGAAACAGUUUUUGGUAACAUUUUGAACGUAUUUGAAUUAGUUUUUGGAAAUCGUGCAGUUUUAUGAAGAGAUGUCAUUCUUGACUCUCUGGCCACUGUGGGACAUUACAGAGCCAUGAAAAGUAAUAUGUAUUUUUAUAAACUACAAAAUAUAUUUAAGGUUUUUAACAAUCAGGUUAAGGUGGCCACACAAAUACGUUUUGUUUUUUAAGGUACUUUUUGAUAAAAUAAGUGAUUGGUGCACAGUUAGGCUAUUACCAAAAAUGUACAUACGAAAUAACUUUUUAGCUAGUCGUAAUCAUUUGCAAUGUUAUUUUUGUAAUUUAUAUUUUACCGGUUCAACCAAAUGCAACAGUUUAGGACGCGGUGUCACAUUCCUGCAGCAUUCUCGUACUUCUUAUGAAAAUGUAUUCCGUGGAAAAGUAUUCUAUAUUCUACUUUAAUAUAAAACUAACGACAAAAAAUUAAGACUGUUUUACAGUACUGCAUUUUGAGAAUAGUAUUAGCCAUUCUUUAUAGAUAAAUAGGUACUGAUGAGAGCACAAUAGGACAGUACACCGUGGCGGCGUGUCGACUAACAUUAUAAAAUAUAUUCAAGCAUCGAACACUCGUUUAUAUUUAUAUUCCUCAUUGUACUAUAACAGGGACAUUGCCUCCAUUAGACACUGGAAUAAUUUUCAAACAAAUUAUUUCAGUAAACGUACUUGUGCUCAAACUUCGGGAAUUUGACGAUGUUUUAUGUAUUAUAAAAAUUAACUUUAUUUUGUUAAAGGUACAGCAUAUGUUGCUAUGCGAAUUUAAAAAAUAGUCUGGUCAUGGUAAAUAAGGAAAUGUUUAGCGCUAUUAUUAUGUGUAUUGCAAAUAUGUUGUGCUACUUCUAUGUGGUGUAUUGUAGGAUAAUUCGUUUGCUAACUGUUAUGGUGUUCAAUUGUUUUAUGCUAUCUUUCUCAUAAUGUGUUUAUUCGUCAAUCAGUGUUGCCAUACUCAACAGUUUACGUGAGUUUUUUUAUCUCUCUUGAACCUUCAAUACACCUUUGAGUUAUACUCAUAAGAAUAUUAGCGUGUAUAUGAAUAAUAGGCAAUGUAACAGCUUCAACUCCCCGAGUGAUAUUACUUUGGAUCAUGUUCAUUGAUACUUCUCUAUCAUCUUCGUUUUCAUACAUUUCAAACGGUGCAAUAUACUGUAAUUACUCUUCAAAAGGACAAAAUGUAUUUUGAGAUUGUUUUAGUAUUAUAUCAGUAUCUUAUGUUUGUUACUAAGUUCACAUACACUCGAUCCGUCGUAGCUUAUGGGAGACAUCAGUUUUAUAAUAAUAUCUCUGCCAUGAGUGCCUGCUUCGUACUAUAGUUUAGAUGUACUUUUACGGACUAGAAUUUAAGCAUUUUCAUCGACACAACGAAGAAUCGUGUGCAUGCUGUUCUAUAUGACGAUGUAGUCUCGUUACUUUGAUGAAUCAUAUAAAAUUACAAUUUGUAUGGAGGUAAUUGUGGGAAUUUUGUACACAGAAAGUACAAUGCAGUACGGUGGCAAUACUACCUACGUAUAAAAGAUCGUCCACUUAUGUAAUCAACGUCGAGGUACUUAGUAAAUCGAGAUCAUUGGUGACUGGCGGCCGAGCUGUCGCCUUCGAGUCCCGACAUUGUGCGCGCUCUAACUGCCAGUAACGCAAGACUCGUCUCAUAUACUACAGCACUAUGUAUGUAUUGACGCUACGCUAUUAUUGUAAGUUUAUAUACACAAAGGACACUUUUUUGAACAUUUUAUUAAUAUAA